AUGCCUCGUGGGCUCUCGUUGCUCCUGGGCCUCUGUGUGUGCGGCUUGGCGGUGGACGACGAAAGGCGCCUGGUUUACAGCUAUGACGGCUCGGACAGACAAGUGGACUGGAGUCGAUUUGCAGAUGUCUUCCCCUACUUGGUCUCAUUGCAGUUUGCGAGCAGCUCGACCCACAUCUGCGGAGGGACCUUAAUUCGAGAUCGCUGGGUGCUGACUGCGGCUCAUUGCUUCGGAACUGCGAAGAGCUCAGUCCAAGCCUACGAGGUUUGGUCUUUGGCUUCCAGGACUCAAGAUUCCUGGAACAAGAAGAGCAUCGACUUGAUGGUGGUGCACCCCGGGUAUGACAUGGACAGCCUGGACAAUGAUAUCGCUUUGCUUCGACUUUCCGAAUCGCUCCCAAGUGUCCCGCUGGUACAGCUGGAGAGUUCCGACACCCGCCACAAUGGAUCGCAGGCACUCCUCGCUGGAUGGGGAAGCAUUGACGAGGCAUGCCAGCAGUAUGAGUUCAUCCUCAAGGAGGGUGAUUCUCACAUUGUGGACCGUGCGCCCUGUGCGCAAGCCGGCCAGUUCUUCAACUGGACUAAGCUCAUCUGCGCAGAGCACAUCAACGCCACAGACAAGGAUGUGGCAGGUGCUGGCUGUGGGGACAGUGGCGGGCCUUUGUUCGUGAUGGAAAGCGACCAGUUGAUACAGGUUGGGGUCGUUUCCUACACUGCAGCCGGCCGCGAUGUAUUCACGCGAGUGCACACCUUCCUGGACUGGAUCAACAGUGUCCUGAAUUCACCACCAGCUGAUCACAUGAUGGUCCCGCCGUACUGCCACGGCUCAUGCUGCGACGACGCAGAAUACAAAGAUCGCUGGAACGAAGAAUGCUGGACCUGGAAGAACUAUGCUUGCGAUGAGACCCAGCUGCCCUACCAGGAGAGGGCGGAUUUGAUGGACAAAUGCAAAGCAAGCUGUAUGCGUUGCCCUAUUUGCGAGGCGACGAACAGCAGCUGCUGUGACACCGUCGGGUUCACGAGUGGCCGAGGACAUGCGUGUACUCAAUGGACAGGUUUUGACUGCACCACGGCGGUAGCCGAUUACGGCUACAGCUCCGAUCAGAUGGCGGAGCUUAUAGAAAACUGCCCCUUCAGCUGUGGCAUCUGCCGUGGUGGAGACUCGGCGGAGGAGGUGCGAUUCUAUGCUGAUGUAAACUGUUCGGAGCCCCUGGUUCCGCUGGGGCUCCUGAGCUCCCUGGGAGAGGUCUUCAAGGUGUUGUCGCUGCCACACUGUCCGCCGUUUAGUGGUCAGCUUUGCGACGACGAUGUCCGUGUUGCCCAGAUGACCACAGCCUUGUUUCAAGAGGUGCAUAGAACGGCGGAGUGGGCACUUGCACAUGCGUACAGCCAUCGAAAGGACACAGCCGGAGGGGAAGUGUUGAUCUUGGCGAAGGUUUUCGAGACAUUGACUGCCUUGCGAGUGAUGCUUUGUGCUACUCGGUUCAUGGCUUGUGCAGCCCAUGCGAUGGGAGACCUACUGCUGGCAGUGUGCUCCCGGUUCGGUGGAUGUGACGAUUUUCUAAGAGAUCCAUCGCGGUUUGUCCAAGAUGUCUUGGCAGAGACGCAGAGAACGCUUGAGCAAGACGGACUGCAGAAACUUGCUGUGUCUCCUCCAAAGAAACCUGCUCUUCAAAGCAUCUUUCUCCCAACAGUGCUCUGUGACGUCUAUGGGUUUCCAUGGCUCCAGCCAGAUCUGCCAGUGCGCCCCCUCCGACUCCACCACUUUGCUCAAGUUCCCUUCCAAGGGGUGGAUCCUUUUCAGGUCCUGCGCACCGUGAGGGAUGGCGGCGUCGCAUCCAAGUGGGUGAUCAACCUGGGCGCAGGCGAUGGCUCCUGCGACGAGAAUAAGGAGGACCUGGCCAACUGCCUCAUAGAGGAGGGCUUUGGAGGAAUUCAGGUAGAGGCCCAUCCCUCCCUGGAAAGGGCAUUGCAGAAAUCUCUUCAACACCGCACGGACGUGGCGGUGCUAGGUCGCUUGGCUCCUGCGGAGGUUCUGGAAUCGGUUCACAAGGCGAGGAGAGUUGAUGCCCCCCCAAUUCUUCUGAAGGUGGAUGUGGACAACGGAGACUGCGACUUCUUGGAGGCGCUGCUUCCUCUGCAGCCGGCCAUGAUCCACGUGGAGGUUAUGCUCAUGGCCGUGCCACCUCCCUUCGCGCUGAAGGUUCAUUUCAACCCAGCUGUGCAGUGCACAGCGCCGGGGUGCGAGCGUGCGAGGAGCUGGCGAGACAACCUCAGGCGUCGCGGCUGCUCCUUGUCAGCUGUGGAGGAGACGCUUGGCCGUGGUUAUUUGCUUCUGGGUCUGGCAGAGCCUGGGCACAACGUGAUGUUCCUUCGGUCGGACCUUGCUUGGGCCUUGCCACUUCCAGCCAUGAGUAGCUGGCAGUUGUGGCGGCAACACUAUUUCUGUCAUCCGCUUCGUGGCUUUGCCCAUGGUUGGGAAAUUUGGCAUGGAAUAAGAACAGACCCAGCACGCUGGGUGGACCCGUCGAGGUCUUUGUGUGAGCGAGCCGAGGAGAUUGGAUCCUACUUCAAGCAGGCUGCAUACAACGAGAGUUGGUCACUGACGGUACUGCAGCCGUUCGUGCACGAAUGCAACUACUCCCUCGCCCAUCAGUCACACGAGUCUUCAAAAGCCAAAUGCCUUGCCUUCGAUGGAGAUGUCAACUCGACCUGGGAGGCUCGCUGCCGGGCUGGCGUGGACUCAUCGCGCGAAUGCGAGGACUCUUGGGAGCUGGGCCCCUUCCUCGGCUUCUCCCUCGCUUCUCCGGCAGCUCUUGGCUGCGCAGAGCUCUGGGGAGAGGCUGCCAGCGGUGUCACGUUGCAAGGCUGGAGCGGCCAAGGCCAAGGAGGCUCCUGGCAGACGCUCCAGCGCUUCGGGGACCUGGCGCCAGGAUCUCUGCAGCUCAGGAUUCCUCCAGAUGCAGCCUGCAAUUUCGAAGUGGCCAGUGUCCAGGGGCCUGAGGGCAUGCGACUACUCCCUAACUGUGCCGGGCAAGCUCAGUGGAGGCUUCGUGCUCCGCUCGCUGUCACUACCUGGUCUGUCUAUGAGCUGCAGUUCUUCAGCGAUGAUCUCUGCAUCUAUCCCGUUCGCGGCCUUACCUUCGCGCAGCCCCGAGCCAGUGUCGACCGCAGCGAAGAUGGCGACCUGGCCACAGCUUGGUCUUUAGCUACCGCUGCUCAAAGCGCAUGGAUCGGCAUGGCCUUCGACGAACCUGUCCCAGUGCAGUGCGUUCGCAUCGCUCAGUUCUUCGAGUCGCAGGGCUCGACAGCGCAAGAUCUGGAGGUCUGGAAUGGCACCAUGUGGAUAGUCAAUCGCACGCUGACCGUUCCACCCCCGGAGAUUGGCCAGUUCCAGCAUCUGCCUCCGCCCAGCCUUCCAGGCACGGCAAUACCUGGACCGCAAAUGCACUUCGUCGAGGAGAUCAGCCGCUUGUUCGCCCUUCUGUUCUCGGACUUGCGCACUCGACACUUGGCCGAGCUUUACUUUCGGGUAGGUGCCCGUCUGCUCCUGCCGGCCGACGGCCCCGGGUUGUGGCUAAGCGAUCAAGAAAACUCUUCGAACUCCGACGGAACCGACAACUAUUUGUUGGAAGACGGAGAGGAUGUUGACGCCAUCCAUGCCUCCUUGAAGCAGAUCGAUCGUGAGAGGGAAGACUUGGAAGCGGAGUUGGCAAGAUGGAAGUCUCGCGUGCAAAGGGUGGAGUCUGAGAUCAAGCAGCUCAAUGUCAGAGAAAAAAUGCUGAAUCACAAGUUGGACAUGAGCACACGAUCAGAGAUUGACCACGAAGUCGAGGAGAUCCCUCCCGGCCCUGAGUGCCUGCAGUUCGUGGAUGGCAAUGCUUUCAACUUCAUCUCCAUGCUGAUUGUCUUCAUGAACGUGGUGGUCAUGUUUGGGAAACACUUCUGGGAUCCGAUGAUCUCAAUCAGGGGGGACCUGUGGUACGUCGACCAAGCUUUCCUCAUCUUCUACGUCAUCGAGUUGGGCCUACGCUUCGCUUUGUGGCAUGACUCGCUGCUUUUCCACCGUCCUCUCUGGAAGACCUGGUCUUUUUGGCUGGACACCGUCAUCGUGUUAGUCUCCAUCCUGGAGCAGUGGCUGCUACCUUUGUUCUUCAACCACGAGGGCAUGGGCUUCGGCGCCUUCCGAAUCCUGAGGAUCUUCCGAUUCGCCCGAGUUCUACGGGUAUGCAGCAAGGUGAACAACGCUGGUUCUAGCUGGGCGGAAAACGACUACUUCAUGGCCUUCGUGAUGUGCGUGAUCUUUCUCAACUGCCUUAUGAUGGGCGUUCAGGAAGACUUUCCGAACCUCAGUUGCUGGGUCUACUUUGAGAAUCUCUUUCUCGGCAUCUUCAUGUUUGAGAUCAUCAUCCGCAUCAGCCAUUUCGGCAUCAGGUUCUUCUACAACGAUCAGUGGGUUUUCAACUGGCUGGACUUCGUCAUUGUGGCCGGCGGUGUUCUGGAUCAAUGGUUCAUGCCUCUCUACAACCUUCUCACUUCCGAGGCUGGCGUUGAGGAUAGCGGCGACAAGUCCUUGAGCAAUGUCAUGAACAUGCUGAGGAUGCUUCGACUUGUCCGGCUCCUUCGGUUAGUGCGCCUGGUUCGUGGCAUCCCUCCACUCUACAACCUCCUGAAGGGUAUCAUCUCAGCAAUGCAGGGCAUGGCCUGGCACUUCGGAUGCAAUUAG